AUGUUCCCCCAGAGCCGGCACCCCACCCCGCACCAGGCUGCGGGCCAGCCUUUCAAAUUCACCAUCCCGGAGUCGCUGGACCGCAUCAAGGAGGAGUUCCAGUUCCUCCAGGCGCAGUACCACAGCCUUAAAUUGGAAUGUGAGAAACUGGCAAGCGAAAAGACAGAAAUGCAGAGGCACUAUGUGAUGUAUUAUGAGAUGUCGUAUGGAUUAAACAUUGAAAUGCACAAACAGACAGAAAUCGCCAAGAGAUUGAAUACAAUUUGUGCACAAGUCAUCCCAUUUUUGUCUCAGGAACAUCAGCAGCAAGUGGCCCAAGCUGUAGAACGUGCCAAACAAGUGACCAUGGCUGAACUGAAUGCCAUCAUCGGGGUACGUGGCCUUCCAGGUCUACCUCCUACACAGCAGCAGUUGCAGGCUCAACAUCUCUCCCAUGGCCAUGGACCUCCAGUGCCUCUAACACCACAUCCAUCAGGACUUCAGCCUCCAGGAAUCCCUCCACUCGGAAGCAGUGCUGGCCUUCUUGCCCUUUCUAGUGCUCUGGGUGGGCAGUCUCACUUGGCAAUAAAAGAUGACAAGAAGCAUCACGAUGCAGAACACCACAGAGAGAGAGAGCCGGGCACAAGUAAUUCUCUGUUGGUCCCGGACAGUCUGCGAAGCACAGAUAAACGAAGGAAUGGCCCUGAAUAUACCAAUGACAUCAAAAAGAGAAAGGUGGAUGAUAAGGAUUCCAGCCACUAUGACAGUGAUGGGGACAAGAGUGACGAUAACUUGGUUGUAGAUGUAUCCAAUGAGGAUCCUUCUUCCCCAAGGGCAAGUCCCACUCAUUCACCACGUGAAAACGGUAUAGAUAAAAGCCGCCUGCUGAAGAAAGAUGCCUCUAGCAGUCCAGCAUCUACGGCCUCUUCAGGAAGUUCCACUUCCCUCAAAUCCAAAGAAAUGAGUCUGCAUGAAAAAGCCAGCACGCCUGUUCUGAAAUCCAGCACACCAACUCCUCGAAGUGAUGUGCCAACCCCAGGCACUAGUGCAACUCCAGGACUUCGUCCAGGCCUUGGCAAGCCUCCAACAAUGGACCCUCUGGUUAACCAAGCUGCUGCAGGUUUGCGGACACCGUUGGCAGUACCAGGACCGUACCCUGCUCCAUUUGGAAUGGUACCUCAUGCUGGCAUGAAUGGAGAGUUAACCAGUCCAGGGGCAGCCUAUGCCAGUCUGCACAAUAUGUCACCCCAGAUGAGUGCUGCUGCUGCUGCAGCUGCUGUGGUUGCCUAUGGAAGAUCUCCUAUGGUUGGGUUUGAUCCUCCUCCUCACAUGAGAGUACCUGGAAUCCCUCCAAAUCUAGCAGGGAUUCCUGGGGGAAAACCAGCCUACUCCUUUCACGUUACUGCAGAUGGUCAGAUGCAGCCGGUUCCUUUCCCUCCUGAUGCCCUCAUUGGUCCAGGAAUCCCUCGCCAUGCCCGUCAGAUCAACACUCUGAACCACGGGGAAGUUGUGUGUGCAGUUACCAUCAGCAACCCCACAAGACAUGUGUACACGGGUGGGAAGGGGUGCGUCAAAGUCUGGGACAUCAGCCAGCCUGGCAACAAGAGCCCUGUCUCUCAGCUGGAUUGCCUGAACAGAGAUAACUACAUCCGCUCUUGUAAGUUACUACCUGAUGGAUGCACCCUAAUAGUUGGCGGGGAAGCCAGCACAUUAUCCAUAUGGGACCUGGCAGCACCAACUCCUCGUAUAAAAGCAGAGCUGACAUCCUCAGCCCCUGCCUGCUAUGCUCUGGCUAUCAGCCCUGAUUCCAAGGUGUGCUUUUCCUGCUGCAGUGAUGGGAACAUUGCAGUGUGGGAUCUGCACAAUCAGACGUUGGUCAGGCAAUUCCAGGGCCACACAGAUGGAGCCAGCUGUAUUGACAUUUCCAAUGAUGGUACCAAGCUCUGGACAGGAGGUUUGGAUAACACUGUCAGAUCCUGGGACUUGAGAGAGGGGAGACAGCUACAACAGCAUGACUUCACAUCACAGAUAUUUUCCCUUGGUUAUUGUCCUACUGGUGAAUGGCUAGCUGUGGGAAUGGAGAGCAGCAACGUAGAAGUGCUACAUGUAAAUAAACCAGACAAAUAUCAACUGCACCUUCAUGAGAGUUGUGUAUUGUCACUCAAGUUUGCUUACUGUGGUAAAUGGUUUGUGAGUACUGGGAAAGAUAAUCUUCUUAAUGCAUGGAGAACUCCUUAUGGAGCCAGUAUCUUCCAGUCCAAAGAAUCUUCGUCAGUGCUUAGCUGUGACAUCUCUGUGGAUGAUAAGUACAUAGUCACUGGCUCUGGAGACAAAAAGGCUACAGUCUAUGAAGUUAUCUACUGAAAAAUAUGCUGGGGAUAUAACUUUUAGAAGUUGAACUGGGCCAAAAUUGUUCUUAAUUGU